UUUGGGAACAAAUUUACGGAGGCGCGGGCCGCUCUCCUCGGCCUUCGAUGGAGGAGGCAUCAUCAUCAUCAGCAGCAGCAGUGGAUGUCCUCCAAGCCGACCAUUUGGAGCAUUCAUCAGUGUCAGAUCUCCACCCUCGCCAGACGUCCGAUGGCAUGACGAUGGUCCCGCCGUCCCCCGGGCCCUCCCCUUCUCGUUGCGCAGCUCGGAUGGCCGACCGUCUGAGGCUCCCCCGUGCCGGCGGCACCCCCUCCCCUCCCCUCAACACGCGCUCGCCCUUCCACCUCAACUAUCGCAUCCUGGCAGAGGCCGCCUCGGCCUUCCCCUCCUGCCCGCCCCCGCCAUUCCCCCCUCCAGUCACCUCCUCAAAGCAGUCUACACACGAUGCGGGUCAGCAGCAGCAGCACUGCAGCUGGGUUGAUGCGGCGGCCGAGGGUGGAUGCGUCGGCCAGCCUCUCUGCGGUGGUGGUGGCGCUGGAGAUGGAGAUGGAGAUGGUGGUGCGGCGUACGAGUAUUUUGGCGGGGAUGUGGGUCAGUGGGAGGGCAUCAUGACGGCCGCUGGCGACGGCGAGGGAGGGGGAUGGGACCACGGGCAGCAGGGGCAGGGGUACGGGCCGUACGGCAUAUCGUAUUGUGGUCAUCACGGUGAUGAUAGCAUGGGUAGCAUGGGUAGUGGCGUUGUCGUGGCCGGGGAAAGUAUUGCUGUUGGUGUUGGCGUUGGUGUUGACGUGGGCAACUCUUGCGAGUAUGAGGAGGCCCUUUGCAAUGAUGAUGUGCAGACUACCGCUAUGGUAAGACCACUCCACUGCUUACAAGAGAUGAAGAGAAGAGCAGAAGAGCCCUCUCGCGCAACACGCCAUCUCAUCUGUCUGCUCAUUCUUUCUUUAUUGUGUCGAUCUGUCUGUCUGUUCAGGAGGAGGCGUCGACCGCCGAGCAGCCCUCUCGCAGUCUCUCCCAGCUCGUGACCAACAUCCUCACCGCUCACGGCCAAGAGGAACAUCCGCACCAACAAACACACCCACACCCACAGCAGCAGGAGCAGCAGCAGCAGCACUCCGUGUCGCACCAGCACCAGCAGCAGCACCAGCAGACGGACCCCUCCCUCCCCCUCACCUCCACCCCUCCCCCCUUCCACAAACAGACUACUCCCAGGUCGUCGCUCGGCCUCUCAGACCGAUCAGACACACCUGUCGGACUGACCGGCGGCAGCAACACCACCACCACCACCACCCAGCCCAAGACCAUAACCUUCAGCCCCACACCCACCCCCACCGCCACAGCAACAGCAACAGAUGAAGAUCGCAGCAAAGGUGGUCAGGAGGAUCCGCUCCCCGCGUGCUUUGAGGAGCGGUUCGUCGAGUGGUUCGACCUGGGCCGCGUCGGUGGGUACACGAUGGAGGAUCUGGGCGGUGAGGAGCGGGGGUUGGUGCAGCGGGUGGUGGGGCUGGUGGAGCGGGGAAAACCCGACCUCUGUGUGACCAAUGUCGAGAUGCACGUCAACGCCGUGCGGGGCGAGGAGGGCGGGGGCGGGGGCGCAGAUGGGGCCACUGACGUGCUGGUAAGGAAAGGAAGGAUCGAUGGGGUCGGUCCCGUUGUGGUCGACUCGUGACCGAAUGAUGCCUGUCCGUCCGUGUCUGUGUCUGUAAUCAGGUGAUUUUCCGUGCCGAGGGUCUCCUCUCCUCGCAGACACCGAAAUGGACGCCCCCCAUACUGCAGAGUGAGUACAAUCCACACCACCACACACACACACUCUCUCUCUCUAUACAUGUGUCCUUGGUUUUCCCCCCUCCUCAUCUCUGUCCACCCCUCAAUCCAUCCAUCAGGCGUCCACACCAUCCUGACAGCGGCCGGUCUCUCGGCGCACCUCUCCCCCACCCACCUCACCGUCACCGUCGGCAGCCCCCCUUCACUGAGCAUCAUCCUGCGCUUCGCCCCAGCCAUCCACCCCCCAUGGCGCGCCGCCACCUGCACCAACACACUGCCCAACAUCCAAGAGGAAGAGGCCCGCGAGGGAGGGGGAGAGAAUGAGAACGGCAAGGCGGGUGCUGGGGUGGUGGGGCCAGUUGGGGCGGUGUCAUCGGACCCCUCUCCAUCCCCUCACCACCGUGCUGUCGAGAGCCCCCUGCUGUCGUCGGGCGACAUGCCGUCCUCGCCCAAGUCCACCCCCACGCCCACCCCCACUCCAUCGCACCCAGCGGCGGAUGCAGAGGCGAGACAGCCGUCGCCGGAGGCCGAUCGCAGGACGUCAAAGCCGGCGGCCCGUGCAGCAGCGGCAGUGCGGCCAUUCAGCGAGGUGGGGCGGGCCAUGCCGGUGCCGUACACACAGCAGAAAGAGAGAGAGAGGGAGAAGGAGAAGAGCUGGCACGAUCAUCAGCAGGAGCAGACAAGGGGCGGCGGUGUGGAUGCGGGUGUGGGUGUGGGUGUGGGUGGCCACGUCUACACCCCCCAGACCCACUCCCACUCUCAGAUAGAGACUCAUUCCCAGCCACAGUCCUCCCUCUUCCAGCCGCAGCCGGCCCGUGUGUACACGCCGCAGCAUUUGUAUCAGCAGCAGUACCCCCUCUUCGUCCAGAGGGCCGCCCCCGAGCGCCACGCAUUCUACCCCUCACGCCACCCGCCACACCCCCCUCCCCCGUACGAGGACAACAACCACCCCCAGCAGCAGCAGCAGGAGACACACAAGACGUCCCCCACCCCAACCCGCACCACAACACACAAGAGCGCGGCGCGUGUGUUCGUGCCAUCGUCGGGUUUUUCCCACGGCAACAACCACCACCACCAGCAGCGGCAGCAGCAGCAGCAGCAGCAGCAGAGGGGCGCGGGCGGCGCUCGUACGUACUAUCAGCCGGCACAGUGUUAUGUGCCGGUGGGCAGCAGGGUUAAGGGGGAUAGGGGGGGCGGGGGCAAGUGACACAUACACACACUCAGAGACAGACAGACAGACAGACUGAUGUGGUUAGGUAUUAAGGAAAGGCGCCGAGGGAGGGAGGGAGGGAGGGAGGGAGGAGGAAGAGAGAGAGAGGGGGUAGCUCAACAAGGGCGGCUGAUUGAUCUUCUCUGGCGAGGAUCUGUCUUACCGUGUUGAUGUGAUGGCCGGCCCGCCACGAGCCGCCCACCUUCCUAUGUAUGGUAGGUAGGCAUUAUUCUCACAUACGAUGCAUGCCAUGAAGCGAAGCACCAAAGGUGACCGACAUUUUCGGCUGAUUGACCUGACCGAUACGCUUGCAGUCCGCGUACUCUCUGCCUCUCUGCCUCUCUCUCAGAAAGAAGAAUAAGAUAGUGUUUUGCCCCAGCCAGCCAGACAGACAGCCAGCCAGCCCCCUGUCUGUAUGUCUGUCUGUCUGUCUCUGAGUGGGCAUCAGCAAUAACGCAGCGGCUGACAUGUGUGUUUGGAUCGAUGGAUGGAUGGAUGGAUAGGCUAGACGGAGACCAAGGCAUGGCAUGGCAUGGCAUGGACUCGCAACCCCGACAGCAACACAACAUACAUACGUCAAGUCACUCGCAACACCAAUGCCUGCCUGCCAUGUAAUUGAUGUGCACUGAUCGG